GGGGCUCGGACGUCCGGUGCCGGAGCCCUGGACGAGCUUGGCGGGGGCGGGGACCGAGAAAAGCUCACAGGGGCUGCUGCGCGGGCAACUUCUGCAGGCUCGGACUUGACCGUGGCGGAAGCUGCACGGUUUGGAGCCGCGGAUCCCGGGUGGGUGAGUCUGCAGGGGUCAGCGGAGCAGAGCACUUCAGACCCGAGGUCUGGCCUUCGCUUCCCCAGGACCCCCAGCCCUCAGCAAGCCUUCGCCUGCCCCACCACUUUGGGGUGUCUUCUCCCCACCCCUCUUCCCUUCCCUCCCGCUCUCUGCCGAGCCAGCAUGGAUGCCAUCAGCCAAUCACCUGUGGAAGUUAUGCUUCCCACGCACAUCCUGGAUAUCUGGGCCAUUGUCCUCAUCAUCCUGGGUACCAUUAUCAUCAUGACCUCCUUGUUGCUGUGCCCAGCCAUUGCAGUCAUCAUCUAUCGCAUGAGGACUCAUCCAGUUCUCAGUGGAGCUGCCUGAAACCUCUGAAAGCAGCUGAUGAAGGAUAAGAACUUCAUUCUCUAAAAACCAGUGGAAGGAUUUUGGAGAUUGGACCUGGGCUUCAAUUUUGAUUGUGUCGCUGUCAACAGUAUAAACUUGGGUGAGGGACCUAACUCUGUAAGUUUUAGGUUCCUCAUUUUUCAACUAGGGGUGACAUUCCCUGCACUCCUGCCUCAUAGGGUUGUGAGAACCACAUGACUUAGUGGAUGUGGAGGCUGCUUGUGGGCACUGAAGCCAGAACAGGUAAUGGGUGUCACAUCAAGUGAUGAGCAGCUUUGCAGAACCAAGGAACCUAGAAUCUGGUGAUAGUCUUAAAGGUGGUGAGGGAUCCUGGGAGGAGAGUCCACUUAUCUUCACAUCAAACCAUUCAAAAUGCACCCUAUCUCCAUCUAAGUUGUUUUCUUUGAGUAGGAUUCCCUCCAUUUUUCUCAGUCAGUUGGGGUGAGGGAGCUGGUAUAGUAGGAGGAGAGAAGUGAGUAAAACUUUCUAGAAUCUUCUCUGUGCUAGUCUCUGUUCCUUUGUAACUAAGAGGAAAGCUUUGUCCCCCCUCCCCCAAGUAGGGUCUUGCUCUAGCCCAGGCUGACCUGAAAUUUACUAUGUAGUCUCAGGCAGCCUCAAACAGAUAGCAGUCUAUCUCUGCCUCCCAAGUGCUGGGAUUAAAGGU